UUUUCGGAGGCCGAGCGGCUGGUCCGCCGUCGCCGCUCUGGGUUCCUCUGCGCAAAAGCGAGAACUCCGCUUCUUGUCGUGCGUCGCGACGGGAAAGUGUCCGCGCGAAGCGGCGUUCCGCCUCGGCUUCUCCCGGAGAUAUUCGUCCGCUCGCGAGAACGCGCGGAAACGCGGCGAUCGCUUGGUGAUCGUAGGGCCUCGGGGCGGACCUACGUCAAGCCCCCUGGACUCUUGGCGUCCUCGUCGCAUACGUAUAUGUAUAUACAUACGUAUAUAUAUUUCGUCGUAGUUACCGAACGUGGACUCGUACUCUCUCGAGACUAAUUUCUCUAAAGUAUAAAGGUCCUUGACAACCCUCUGUUCGCGCGAGUCUCUCGACGUCGCGAAGAAGAAGAGUGCCAAUAUCGUCCCGGGUGAUGUUGCGCGAUCGAUAAACCCGGCGCCCGAUCAUCAUCAUCAUCCAUCAUCAUCAUCAUCAUCAUCGUCGUCAUCUCGAACACGACCAAUCGACGAGACUGGAAUGAUAUAAUCUCCUCUCGAAGAGCAUCCACCAUGUCUGCCAGGGCGUCCUCGUCGUGAGAAGGCGUCGUCGUAGUCCAGUGCGACGUCGGCGGGCGACGGCGAUGAUUCCGCCGCCGUCUGUCAAGCUCUUCCGCGCGCGCGGCCAAGGGAAAUAGGCCUGCCUCUCUAGCCGCGUGCGUGCGUGCGCGCGCGCGCGUGUGUGUGUAUACAUAUAUAUACAUGUGUAUAUAGGUAUGUGUGCGUAUAGAUCGCGUCGCCGCGCGGUGCAUCUUGUCCGCGAGAGAGAUCUCGUCGCGGAUGGACUUAUCCUCGGGACGGUACCGCGCGACUCGGACGGACGCGUGCAUUCGGUUGCGCAGCGGCGGCGGCCAUUUUGAAUCGAUUGAGCGUGGAGUUGUGGCCGCUCGGCCAGUCACGGCGCAGCGCGGCGACGAUUAUCAUCAACACGUCGUCUCUCUCUCGCCUCGCCUCGCCUCGUCUCGCGUCGUAACGCCAAAAACGGACGGUUUUCCGUGUCGUCCCGAGUGAGCCCUCUUCCCGUUCACACGUACAUAUACAUAUAUAUAUAUAUAUAUAUAUACGCGUUCGUUGUGCGUACGCUUGGAAAUGGUGUCGUUGCACAGCCGGGCUUUCUAUCUUCCAGAGGAAACGCCGAUAAGCGCGACGGCGACACUCGAAGGAGCCACGAUCGUCGAGGAUCCGUACCUCUGAAGACUCGGAUUAUUGUGACGUGCGCGAGAACGAGAGAGAGAGAGAGAGAGAAGGAAAAAAGAAGAAACGCAUCGGAAGAGAUAUAUAUUCCUAUUCGCUGGCGACGCUCGCGUCGAUCGUUCGAAUUUGACAUGUGACCGCCAGGCAGUUUACGUAAGUUGUCCCCCUAACCAGGACGCUCACGCGGUCGCGUUCGCAUAUUUACGAAGGGACAUUAAUUUGAGCAGCGCUGCACGUAAAAGUUGACGACAUUCCUUCGUCGACGGACGAGAGGACGCCUGAACGUUUCGCGUCCGAUCCUGGCGAUUCGUCGUCGUCAUCGACGACUGGGUGACAGACGGACAGCUGUGCGCGGCUCCGAGCUAGUUUGACAGCCCUCCCCUCCCCCUUCAGUCGCGAGACUUAACCUCAAAAUCGUGGGAUCCGGUAUUCGCCGACGAGACGGCGGUGUAAUCCGAGUCUCGAGGACGGGUAAGCGGAAAAAUUCUGCUAAUAACGUGACUCUGCGAGAAACUUUACGAUCUUAUGGUCAAUGGUGAGGAACGGGAUCGUUCUCUUCGAAUUCCUGGGAAGAGUUUCUUUCCUGAACAAUUCCGUCAUCGAGGUUGCACCGACAGGACAAAAAGUUCAAUCUCUCGGGAGCGGUGCUGGAAAUUAAAUUCUAACGGAACUUUUCUCAAUUAACGGCUCCGAAAUUAGCAAUCUACUUUCUUUUUUUUUUCCUAAAUUAAUUACCUCUAUAAACCAGCGGACUCACGGUUCGUUUCCGUAUUUAUAAAUUUCAAGUCGGCAACUCGUCUCACUUCUCGAUUAGCGAGUUCUAAAUUAAUGAAGACUCUACUUUCUCGAGAAUCUAAGAAGAAUUUCCAAAGAAUUAUUUGAAAACUUAACAUCCUACAUAAGCGUUGGUGCAACCGAUUCGGAGUCUUCAUCCAUCCAAGUAUGUCGUUGCGCUCAUCUGACCGAGAGUAACCAGUAAGUGUCUUCGAUGCGGCACGGAACGUCGACAAUCUCGGUCCUUUCGAGGCUGGAUAGCCCUUGAAAGAGAGAGAGAGAGAGAAAGAGAGAAGAAGGACAAGGGAUAAGGAAAAAGAAAUGACGAGGAAGGAGCCAUGAGCACGGCGGAUACCGCGCUGUCAAUUUCGAUCAACAUGGCCCCAGGGCCGGAGCAUCGCCAGGAACCGGUAGCUCCUGACAAAAUCGCCGAGGGCGAUCGCGCCGCCGACGUCGACUCGGAGAACGUCGACAUCACGACGACGACGACGACAACCGGUAGCAGCAACAGCAACGACUCCGUUGCUCCUGUCGUUGUAGCAGAGCAAAGUUCGAACGUCGAGAUCGCUCCGACUAAUUUUGUUGCUGCUGGCGCCGAUUCGGCCAAUCAGAGCUCGCCCUCGAACAGCACCGUCGACAGCAAACAGCAGGAAGAACCGGCAACUCUGUCUGAAUUAAACGAUAGCGAAUUACGUGCUUUACUGGAUGAAGCUAUAACAUACAAGUGCCCCAAAGAUCGAGAAGGAAAAUCUCAUCUUUUCAAGGAACUUUUACAAGAAGCAGAAGCGGAUGAGACUGAAGAAGGACAUAGGGUAAUAUGUAAUUCGCGUUGUCUCCCAGGCUCAAAUCGAAGAAGACACAAACGGGAUUCUGUAUCCGAACGUUUGACACACGGUGGAUCAUUGCAAAAUUUAGCACAUCCUAUUGCUUCGGAAUUCGAUAGUAGUUUUGCUUAUCCAACAUCCAGUUCGUGUCAUACUUAUGGGAGUAGUAGAAAAAAGAACAAGAAAUACAUAGGACCUAGUGUCUCUGCUAGACAAAGAGAAGGUGGAUCAUUACCAUCGGAUGUAGAUGCAUCACAUAGCCUUGCUUCUUUGGCUAAUCUAGAUCUAUCAUUUGACAAAAAGAAGAGUUUCUGUGUGGAGCGGUCAGCGUAUGACUGGACCAAUAAGGAAAAAUCCAAGUCUCUAGACAAACCGUCGUAUACCAGUACAAAGAAAGAAGAAAAAGAGAAAGAAAAGAAGGAAUUGAAGAGAGAUACCGCUAGUUCAGGCGAGAUAGAACUUGAAUCGCGAGAGAAAAGAGUCGGUAAAGGAAAAUACGGAACAAAUGAAAUGCUGGAAUCAGAUAAUCCACCUCCAGAAUAUAAGUCGGAUUAUAUGGUGAUCGAUUUAGGCGAUGUUGAGGUAGGUGCGAUCAGUGAGAGAAAUGUAGGAUCUAUGGCAAGUGGGAUUCAAAGACCUCGCUCGUUAGACACCGAAAAUGACGAAGGAACUGAGAUGAGAAUCAUUGAACCGCGUAAACCUAUCCAUUAUGUCACACGGGCAACUUUAGAUGUGGAUAGCCCUAUAGAAUUCCCUAUUCGUGAUCAUAAGCAGGAGAAGUCAAAAAUGUCUAUUAAUGGUGCAGAUGUGACUGGAACACUGUUUCAAUCACACAACAGUGUAAAAUGCGGUAUAAGUGGAGCUUCGAACAGUUCUAGUACUAGCCAGAGCAAGAUCGUGCCGAGUUUGUGCUCCGUAAUGCCAUCCUGGCAAGCACAGAAUAUAACAAUGGAAGGUCCCAGGUAUUCGUCUCAACAUCUCUCACUGAAAGAUCCAUCCGUGUCGGGAGAAAAGAAAUCGCUGGACGAGAACGGAAACGCUGUACAAUCCUACAAUGAUCGUUUUGCAAAGAAACUCAGGAGGAAACAUACUCAGGAACACAAUGUCAAAGUUUACAAUGCUGAAAAUGUCGAGGGUCAUCGUAAUGAAGAUAUUGACAGUUUAAUUAACUUUAUCGAGAACAAAGAAUCAAAAAGCAAAAAAGGAAAGACUAGUAAUCCCGUUAGAGUGAAGACUAGUUCUGGUACAAAACCGAGAACUAGAGAAAAAGAUACAAAGAGAGAACAGUUGCCAUCAAAAUUACAAAAGUCUAAUUCUUUGGAAGAGAUUUCAAAGACAAAAUUAGAGGAUCUUACGACAGAAAAAAGCAUCAGUUCUAGCGGGGCCAGUAGUGUAUCCAGUCAACACGGUGAAAAUGUGGCAUUGCGACGUCCGAAGCAAAGGAGCACUGGAGAUGCUACAGUCGAUAGUCGAGGCGAUAGGCGAUCUUGGGGGACAGAGGAAGGUCAAUCGAUAUAUUGCAACGACACGGGAGAGGAUUAUACUAGUCGCCGCAAUUCUAACAAGAAAAUUAAUCCGGAAUCUGAACAUGAGACGGAAUUUCUGGUAGUGACGAAGAAGAAGAAGAGUAAAAAACAGAGGAGAAGCUCCAGCGGUAGUAGAGCGCAAAAUCUGACAACGUCAGGAUCGUAUCUACAAAGUUCUAGAGGAUUCUCCAACGAGUAUAGAACACCGCUUUCUCCCGAACUGCGAAGAAAAUCGGCAAGCAGCAUGCCUCCUAGUGACAAGUCGGAUAGCAGCGAUUUAGAUUCGGUUCACUCGUUGCCGGUUACGUCAAACAGCUCGAAGCAUAAUUUAACUAAAGUCGCGACCUCAUCGGGCGGAACUCCGCAAGCGAGUUAUGCGGACAUAGCGCGCAUGGCCACCAUCAACAUAUCGCACAAUCUGAACAUGUCCACGAUCGUUCCGGGCAUGUUGAAUACAGCAUCGUGGCCCAGUGUACCUUCCAAGACAUCUUCGGAGCCGGACAAAGUACCGCAGGAUUAUUAUCCAAGCUUGGACGAGAUACAGCAUUCGGAGAGAAAAGUGAGACAACAACAAAACUCGGCCCAGUCGAAUCAUGCAGCGGCAAGUUUGAGUCUCGCUUUCGAAAAGUCUCUUUCGCCGACUCUGACAAAAGUGAAGAAUUCGUCGGAUAGAAAGAAAGCCGAAGCUCAGGAAGAAGCAAUUAAUAAGAAUAUUCAAGUAUUCAAAUAUGUACAAGACAUCGAAAAAAUGCAGGAGAGUCUGUCGCAAGAACAAAAGCACCACUCGGCUUCCAAUAACUACAGCACGAAUACAAGCGAGACUAUCGCAACAAAUACUGUUACGCCAAGAUUGAAUAAUAGUACAACGAUGAAUUAUAAUCCACUCGAUGCCGAUAAUAAUCCCAAUUGCGCUGUUAACAAUAAAGAUUCAGUUACACAUUCUAGGACUAACAAUCCUCGCUCUCGCAGGAGUUAUGUACAUAACAAUCAAAGUGUACAAAUGAUAGGAUCUUACGAAGAACAAUAUGUGAAAAAGUUUGCAUCUUCGUAUCACGAUGAACCAAUUAAAAAAUCAUACAGUACCGACACUCCGCAGUCGGAAAACAAACCUAAUCCGACAGUCACAUCCCAUAACGACGGUGCGCAGGACGUACAGAAGAAAACUGCGAAACUUGCGCAAGAAUCGCAGGAGUCCGUCGAGUCCGAGUCGAGCAGUAACAAAAACAAGUUGACCAGCAACGAACCGAGGACAGCAAGAGUCGUGAAAGAAUACCCGAAUAACAACAUUACAAUGAAGCAUGACGUAGCAAAAGUGGGCAUCUGUCAGACAAUACAAAAUUCGAAGCAAGAUCAAGUGCGCGAGGAUACGGAGAAUAAAAGGACCAAAUCGCAACCCGAUAAAGAUCAAUCGCAAAGAUCGUCGUCCGUGAUAGAGGUGCAACAGACGAAAAAUUCAACUCCUAGACCGGCUGUGAUUCUGUUGGACGAAACCACCUCGGACAUCGCUAAGAACAAUAAUCUACCGACCGAACUCACGUUCGGUUUUGAGAUAAACGAACAAUUGUUGCUCUCGGAGGAUAAUGGCAACGAAGAGACUCAGGCAAUCGCGACGAGUAGUCCCGCUUUCUCUUCGGCCGUACCGCCGCUCGUUAAUAAAUCGUCGCUCAACACUUUCGAGAGGAAUCCUCUGCCAUUGUUCAACGAGAAACCCGCAAGGUACGACAAGUUUUCGUCGAAUUAUCAUAUGCAAACACCGAAUGCUCACAUGACGCCUGUGCAUCCGGUCAUGGUGCAACCGCUGCCGUAUAUGGGCUAUCCCAACACGAGAUUUCCACCGCCCACGUAUCUGCCACCACCACCUCCGCCACCGCCCGGGAUCAUGGAAAAGUUUCAUCCGCCAAAGGAAGACUUUGCUAUGCUUUACGUAGCGCCCGAGGAAGAGCUGAAUGUGCAGACGUACAAUCACGACAAAAUCGUGUCGUUUGUUGGUUUAGCAUGGGAUGCGGUCAUGAGAGAAAAUGUGACUGCAACGGGUCGCAUACAGUUUUACAGUGGACAGUGAAGUGAAAGUUGUUGGAACGAAGGAAAUUGGCAAUAACAGUAACUUUUGUAUUGGUGAACCACUUCCAUUACAAAUUACAAUUACAGUUAAUUUGAUCUAGUUGGGUCUUUCGUUGGUAAACAAGACCAAGUAUGUGUGCUGCGUAUGCAGUUUCAUAUGUGUCUCUCGAGCAUGGACAUGAAAUUCGCUCGAAGAAUCGCCUGUCUUAUUGCUCGAGUCAAAUGCUGAAUUGAUAAAGCGAGAUUAAAUAUUGGAAUCGAGCGAUGCGAAGUGUGCCUCAAGAGAUAAUAAUAGCAGUGUAUAUACAAUCAGCCUCUAAAAACGAGGAGAAAAAAACAAGGAAAAAGAUAAAGAGAGAUGUAUAUUCCAGCAAUGUUUGUUGCAUUUGUGUGAAUUUCGAACAAUAAUGGCAGUGUCGUGAAACUUUAGUAUUGACAAUUACGAACGUUUGAUCGGAAAAUGUGAAGGCUAUCUUUUUCGAGAAUUGCAUAUACAUACAUACAUAUAUAUACAUAUAUACAUAUAUAUAUUAUAUAU